AUGGAAAAGCAGGGGUUCCGCGUGAUAAUAGUGGGCGGCUCAGUCGCUGGCUUAACGUUAGCACAAUGCUUAAGAAAACACAACAUCGAGUACGUAGUACUUGAAGCACGCGACGAUAUCGCACCACAAGAAGGCGCCUCGAUAAGUAUUAUGCCGAAUGCAUCGCUCGCGCUGGAUCAGUUGGGGAUUUUAGAUGAUAUCCUUGAUGAGGUUGAGCCAUUGCGAGACGUGUAUAACUGGGAUUCAAGUGGGAAGUUGCUUUGCAAGACGGAUGUUCCGUUUGAGGCAGAGAAAAACCAUGCGUACGCGGGGGCUUUCUUGACGCGUCAAACACUGCUUCAAAUUCUUUAUAAGCAUAUGGGCACACAGAAAGAUAAAGUCUUAACUGGGAAGAGAGUUACUUCUAUUGAACAUCAUUCUAGCGAUGUACUUGUUCGAUGUGCCGAUGGAUCAUCCUUCCGAGGCGAUAUCGUUGUUGGUGCCGAUGGUAUCAGAAGUGAAGUCCGAGAACAGAUGUGGAAGCACAUGGAUACACUUGCAAUGGAGAAAGAGGUUCGGUUAGAGCGCGAGAGAAUGACAUGCGAAUAUAAUUGCGUGUUUGGAAUCGCUUCACCGAUACCAGGAAUGCCUGCCCCAGAUAUCUACCGCACAUACGGCGACGGAUGGGGCAUUCUCGUCAUGGUGGGAAAGAACGACAAGGUCUACUUUUUCUUCUUCACGAGGCUAGACCGGAAAUACGGGAGCCAUGAGAUCCCACGGUACAAAAAGGAGGAUAUCCACGAGCAUAUUGCGCCAUAUCUUAACCGUCCAGUAACAGAUAUUAUUCAACUAUCUCAGGUAUACAACAAUGCCGAGGUUCUUGCUUGGCUGCCACUCGAAGAGGCUCUAUACAAAUUCUGGUGUAUGGACCGAUUCGUCUGUAUCGGAGAUUCAGCGCACAAGAUGACGCCCAAUGCAGGCGUUGGAGCCAACAGCGCCAUCGAAAGCGCAGUAUCUCUAUCCAACACCCUCGCAACCAUUGCCCAAUCCUCAAAAGAAGCCAAAGAGAUAAACCACCAUCUUCAAGAAUGGGAAAAGACCCGCAGAAUCCGACUCGAACCAACCUGGAAAAUGGCAGCCAGUAUGCCCCGCCUCGAAACAUUAGAAAAACCCUACCACAAGAUCAUGAAAAGGUUUCUCCCCCUCUUAAUCAGCCUCGGAGAACCAAGUCGGACAGAAUCCACAAUCGGCGCAGAAAUAGUCAACUGCCUCCCUCCGCCAACAAGAUCAUACAAGGGACUCAUCCCAUAUAAAUGUCACGAUGACCUAUCAGCAAUUAUAAAGGAAAAGCCGUUCCAGCGGUUACUAUGGUCUCUCCCAUUGUUGGGGAUAACGGGUCUCGCAUUUUCGACGAUGGGAGCAAUUAUGCCUAAGAUUCUACCGCAGCUUCUUCCACUGAUGAAUCAAGGCUGGAAUACAGGCACGGAAGUCUUGAAUCUGAGUGACGCUAUCAUCCCUAUAAAGUCAAUCGAUAAUAUCCUCCGGGUGCUAGUUACGUUUUUCCUUCCAUCAACCAUGGGCUCGGAUCUGGUAUCGCGAACUCAGACAUUCACCUUCUUAACCGAUGCGAACGGAUUAUACGGGAUCUGGCUUCUAGAAAGCUACCGCAAAGCACAUUCUACCAUGGGAGUGAUACUUCCAAUAACAAUGGGAAUCCUUUCCCAACUCCGCGGAAUGGGCCUAAUAUCCCCAAUCUACUCAAUCCUGCAAUACAACUCCAUCUCCCUUCAGGACCUCGCAAAAUCCAACAACCGCGAAAUAGAACCCCGAAAAACAUACACCACCGUCCUAUCAAUCAUAACCAUCCAGGCACUCCCGGCCCUAGCAAUGUUCCUCCUACCCUCCCUUCAAGACCGAAAAACCUCCAACGCAAUCUGGCAAUUCUUUCCUAUCCUCGUACCCGCACUUCAAAUCCCAAUAACCCUUCUAUUUGGAUUCAGCAAAAGCGGCAAAAGCCCUAAAUCCGCUACACCGGAAAUCCGUUCUGCAAAUCGAACAAGAAGCAUCAAAGCUAUAAGGGUAGGAUAUGGAUCUUUCGCAGCGAUUGCAGCGGUAGGAUUUACUUAUGCGCGAUUCACAGCACCAGCUGGAUCGUGGGGAUUGAAUACUUUCUGGCCUGGUUGGGAUAUUAGAGAUGAAGUAUCGCUGUAUAAGGGGAUUGCGCAGUUUUUGCAAUGGGAUCAGAUUCUGACUAUGGGGACUGGAUUUGCGUGGCUUGCGUUGAGAUUCAGGGAGUUGAAGAAAUCUGGUGUUGAUAUUGGGGGGUGGAAGAGUGUUUUGGGUCUUGUAGGUGGGACUUUUGCUGUGGGGCCUGGGGCCGCUUUUGCGCUUGCUUGGGGAUGGAAGGAGGAGUUGAUUCAUGGGUUGGAUGUUCAAGUUGAGGAUGGGAGGGCUUAG